CCUAAAUCGCUGCCGCCGCUGCUGCUCAGUACAAGUGAGACGGGAGAAAUUUGGUCGGAAUCCAAACGGUCGGUCUGUGAUCCUCAGUUCGCGAUGAGCUUCUCUGUGUUCGUCGCUCUGCUUUUUGGGGCUCUUUGCGUCUGUUCGCGCGUUCAGGCACAUGAUCAUGUCGAUAUAUCCAUGACUACCUGUCAGACCGGUGACAUUGACCCUGAGGAUGAGAAAGAGUUGGACGGAGAUGAGUUAUUUUACGUCGAUUUUGCAAAGCAAGAAAUAGUGAGCGAAACACCAGACUUUAUUGGGCAGAUGGACGCUCCAGGCUGGGUUCAGCAGGCACUGGGAAACCAACAGAUUUGUAAGAACAACCUGAAUGUGAGUGUUAAAGCUGAACAGAACCCACCUGAAGAGAUCGAUCCUCCUCAAGUCACAGUCUAUCCUGAAGAUCAAGUUUCACUGGGAGGAAGCAACACAUUGAUCUGCUUUGUGAACAACUUCUUCCCACCACCUGUGAAAGUGAAGUGGACUAAGAAUGAUGUGGAGGUGACAGAGGGGGUCACUCUGAGUCGCUACUACCCCAACAAGGAUUUCACCUUCAGACAGUACUCUACUGUACCCAUCAUCCCACAGGAGGGGGAUAUUUACUCCUGCACUGUGGAGCACAAGGGGCUUCCUGAACCUGAAACCAGGCUCUGGGAGCCUGAAAUUCAGGAAGCAUCAGAUAUUGGAAAGACAGUUUAUUGUGGAGUUGGACUGACCCUUGGUUUGUUGGGAGUGGGAGUUGGAACCUUCUUUCUCAUAAAGGGGAACAAUUGCAAUUAAAAAAGUUUUCCGUGAACAUUGCACACCAAGAACUGGAAUGGGGAGGCUGUAACAACUCCUUUGUGUUUUCAUUUAUUUUUGUUUUAAAGAUACGUACAUUUUAAAAAUGUUCUCUUCCCUAACUGUUGUCAAUAACAAGUAAUUUGAAAGAUUCUGUUAAAAAAUAUAAAAAAUUCCUGAACAAAUGCAUGUGUGGACUUAAAUAUAUUCAUAAUAAUCUGAUGAUUUUGCAUUAACUUCAGUAAUGUUUUCAUAAAAAUGCCAGGUUUUUUCUUAACUAAGUGGUUGCCAAGCUGUGUGUCAAUUUUAUUUGAGGUGUACUGUUAGGCAUACCAUGUUCAGGAAGCAGUUUAUAAUAUACCAAAGCCACAAGGCAAGUUGUCAAGUUUACGUUAAUGUGUCUAACGUAUAUAAAUUAGGUAAUUCAGUUUUUUGCUAAUCUUUAUGAACAUCCAUAUAAAAAUAACAUUAAUAUUUUUACAGUUUCUUCCCAGCUUAAGAACUUUUGAGUGACAGACUUCUAGUGACAAACUCUUUUUAAGACAGUUUGAGUGACUCACUUUUUUGCUGACAGACUUUUUAAAGAAGUAUUUAUGCUGGUGUACCAAUUUAAAUCACUUUCCUAAAACAUCAUCCAAUGCGCUCUCUGUAUCUUCCAGUUCUGAGCCCUGUCCGCGAAGUGUUGCCUCUCCAAAGAGAGAAACGGUCUGUGUUGCUGUUCUAUUCCCAUCCGAAAAACCCUGCUUUUUCCCCUCUUACCCUUCAGAUCUGCCCAGGUUACUGACGUAUUCGUUUAGCAAAUGCUGUUAUCCAAAACGGUGAGAGUGUAAACUCAGCAUAAACAAAAGGCAGACAGGGAUAAACAUGCAUUUCUCUAAGUACAGUCACUUAGUCCAAUACUACCAUUUUUACCUGCAUACAUUACACCAUCAGUUACAUGUAGAACUCAACUGACCUGCUCCAUGUCAGAUGUCACAAACCAUCUUUGUAAGUUUGUAAGUGGGGACCAAGUAUAUUCUCAAAUGCUGAACAUACAAAACACUGCAGGUAGAUACCCUAUUAGGGGUUUUCAAACUGGGGUCCGCAAGAGGGAGCUAGGGGAUCCAUGGAAAACUUGGCAGAAAAAAUCAUUUACAGUAAGAAUUUUUUACAUUUAUUUUUUAACCUAAAGAUGUUAACCAAAUCUACAUAUAUAUAUAUAUAUAU